AUGGAGGCUCAGCGCCGGAGGCGUCCCCAUUCCCCCCUACCGGACGCCGUCGCGCGCCCCGACUACUUCGUCGGCGAGGUCGACCGCGUUCGGUCGUCGCUGACCGAGGAGCAGCGCGCCUCCCCGCAGUACGCCGCCGACAACCACGAGGCGUGGGCGGCGUACUUCAAGCGCCGUCAGGAGCAACGCCUCGCCUCCACCAACGGGGCACCGGUGGUGGGGGGCGGCCGGUGGAACAGCGACGGUCGACGCCUGUGGUGGUCCGUCUCCGGCCGGACGCUCCGCGAGGUUCUCGCGCACCUAGAGGGCGGCAACAACCCGCCGCUCACAUACCCGGCCGCCGCCCCGGUCCCCCGACGCGGCGCAGGGCAAUGGAUGCCAAGGAGACAACCCAGCCGGUCGUCCUUCUCCCCAAUCUGCAUCUCGCCCCUCGCCUCUCGCCACCGCCGCCGAUCCCCUUCCACCACCACCGCCACCGCCGCUGCUCUUCCAGCUCCGACCGCUCCCACCCCGCCGCUGCUCCCUCCGCUCCCGCCCCGCCGCGCUCUUUCAGCUCCGACCGCUCCCACUCCUCACGCCCGCGCUCUUCUCCCAAUCUCUGCCCCGCGCCGCCCAAAAUCGCCCUGCACCCACCGCUGGCUGCGGCGCCACCCGCCCCCGCGCUGCAGAUCCACACCUCGCCACCUCCCUUGCGUAGCACGAGCUCCACCGACCAGGCCCUCCUACCGGGCGCCGCCCCGCUGCCCCUCGCCGUCUGCUAGGUUUGAGGUCACCGGGCCUUCUCCGCGGCGCUACCUUCCCUCCGCCGGCAGAUCCGGUUCGGCUCCUUUAGCGGCAUGGUGCUCAGCUCCUCCAGUGCUAAGGUGCUCCAGCGGCAAGUUGCCCCUGCUGAUCUCCUCCUCCUCUGCAAGGCGCUCCAGCGGCAAGGUGCCCCUGCUGAUCUCCUCCUCAUCUGCAAAAACAGCAGUAGCAAACCAGGGCUUGGUUCUGCUCCCUGCCCCAAUUGCAUCUUCAGGAACCUUCUCAUCUUGCCAAAAAAUGUAUGCAUGUCCACUGAUUAAGACAUGGUAUAUUAGAAAGGAGUGGCCAGAGCACACAUUUGUUUCUGUUAUGGAAAUACAAGUGUUGCCACUGUAAAUACAAAAGGAGUGGGCAGAGCACCUAUUCUGCAUGUGAAUUAUGUUUAGUCGCAGUUUGCAAGUUUGCAUGUGGAUUAUGUUUAGAUCUCAAGUUUGCAAGUUUGCAAGUCGUUCCCCAAAAUUUCAGGGGCACCACAACUGAACUGAGGCUCCUUCAGUUCAAUAUUUUGUGCAGGGACAAAUAGUUACCCCUUUCUCCUGAAAUGUUGAUUAAUUUCCGUUUUGGUUGAGAAUGGGGCACUCCUAGGUCAAUAAAAUUAGCAAAGGUCAUGCCCAACUUUCUUGACCUAGAAGGUGCCCGAUUCUCAACCAAAACAAAAAUUAAUCAACAUUUAUAGACAAUGUUAUUUCU